GCAUGUGACACAUACACGGUGCGACGCAAGCGCCAAUAUUUCCGUCGAACGCCGCCUGAGCUUGAUAUUUUUCCCCCAAAACUCAGUUGUUUUCUCAUAAGUUUCCCACACGGAAAGUGCGUCCAAAGUGGCGAUUGUACUUUGAUGUUGACAAUGAGCAUCGCGGGCGCGUAGGUGCGGUGGAAUUGAGUGCGUACGGUGGGUGCAAAGGGGCUCAGUGGUGAGCUAAUAAAAUUUCACAAUGUACUACGUUUGCGUUGAGUUUACAAAAUGGCGUCGAUUAACAAAAUCGACGACACUUCAGCUCCACUGAGUGACGGCCGGGAGUCCGGGCAGGAGCUACAGCACAUACCCACGUCCCAUCAGGCGGGGCUGAGUGGCCAUCGUGACGCGGGGAGUGCGUGCGUAUCGAACGGGGGCACCGUGUACGGUGGUGAGACUCCGCACAAGGUACAGCAGCACCAACAUGAGGGGCUGCUGCCCGUCGUGAGUGAGUGUGGUGGCAACAAGAGUGCAGCAGCUAGUGCGGCAAAUAACAAUAAUAACAAUACAAUCAACAAUUACACCGUGAGCGGUGGGAAGAAAGUGAACAGUGAGGCGGUGGUGUGCGAACAAGGGGGCCCCGUGCGUGUCGCGAAUCAGCCAGAGGGUCCGGCUGUGUCGAUUGUGUCGAAUAUGCCAAAGAAUAGCAAUGAGCCUGUGAAGGUUGUGUACCCCACGUCGGCGACCGUUGUCGGUGGUCUCGGUGGCCAAACCUCCGGCGCCCCCACCGUCCUUAAUAUGAACAAUCGUGUCACAUUCACGGGUCAAACAUUGCCGAACGGGACCAUAAGUCUGUCGCCAAUCACCACCACCCAGGCAACAAUUAUGCAGGCAACGGCCAACGCCAAGGCGCCCCAGACAACGCAGAACCAAUCCCAAGCAUCUCAGUCGCAGCAAUCGACGAUAGUUAUUAAGAAUCAGGGCACCAUGGCGCCCGGAAUUACCUCAGCGCCACCCGGAAUGGUCACAAUGACCAAGACAAUCAAUCAGGCCACAUCUCAGAAUAUUGUGGCAACACCAACAAUGCUGCCCGCCAGUGUACAGAUAGUCAAUAUGCGUCCCGGAACACCAUCGCAGGCACAGCAAAAAUCCGUCGCAGCUAUACCGCCGCGAGUUGUUCUCGGGGGUACGCAAAUGCUGGGCGCCAGACCCGCCAAUUCAGCUAUAACUCUGAGUGCGCUACAGAACUUAAAUGCUGGACAAUCGGGUCCGGCUUUACUGCUAAAAACGGAAACUGGUCAGUAUCAAUUGUUACGCGUGGGACCAGCACCUGCGACCCCGGUGACGCCCACAUUGGGCGCCACGGCGGCAUCUGCCAAUCAAACGAUUCGCUUGCAAACCGUCCCGGCUCCAUCGCUGACAACAACAACGGCCAAUUUGGUGGUCAACACAACGGCGUCAUCGGCAAUUUCGGGGCAACAGACGCAAAUCUUGUCCACGCAGACAUCACAAGUUCCUCCACCUGUUGCCUCCGUAGCCCCCGUACCGGCAUUAGCCACGCAAAAUACCGCCACGGCGGUCGUUGUGACGGCAAAUGCGACACCGUCAAAUCAAAAUUUGCACAAUACCAAAGAGAAGUGUCGCAAAUUCCUGGCAAAUCUGCUCGAAUUGUCGAGCCGGGAGCCAAAGACGGUGGAACGGAAUGUCCGGACGCUCAUACAGGAGCUAAUUGAUGCCAAUGUGGAGCCAGAGGAGUUUUGUGAUCGUCUCGAGCGUCUUCUUAAUGCGAGUCCGCAACCCUGUCUCAUUGGCUUCCUCAAGAAGAGCCUCCCGUUGCUUAGACAGUCACUUGUUAAGAAGGAAUUGGUGAUUGAGGGCAUCAAACCACCACCACACAAUGUUGCCUUUUCCGGCACAACAACAAUUACUACAAAUAUUCCGGCGUCGGUACGUCCCAUUGGGCAAACGAUCGUCUCGGGGGUCACAACGCUCCCUACGCAGGUACGAAUGGUGACCCCAACGGGUCCCCGGCCGAUGCAGACGACGAUAACACGGCAUGCGGCACCUGUGCGAAUUCAGACGCCAAUUAGUACUACCGGACCGCGACUCACGGGUGGUACAGUGGCGCAAAUUCGUCCGGGUGGCAAUGCCAUUGUCCAGACGGCUGGUGCAAUUCAGUCAACGCCUCCCGCGCUGCAUCCUGUUAGCUCGACACCAUCUCAGACUGUUUUUUCAGCUGCAGCACAGAUCCGGACACCGACGACGAUAACGCGCCCCCAGACAGCCGUACAGAUACGUACGACAGCACCAAUGGUGAGGACAGCCGGUGGCAGUGCCACGAAGGGGGCGACGCAGAUAAAGAUCGGUGCUACGCAGAUAAAGCAAAUAACCCCAAGUGCAGCCUCAUCGGGAGCCACGGUGCUCAAUAGUGGGAGUAGUACGGUGGGUGGGCAGCCCAAGACGCCGGCUGUGAAGUCCCAAAGUGGGGCUCAGGGGCAAAAAAGUGCUGCAGCCGCGGCGAAGGAUAAGGAGAAGAAAGCGGCGAAUUUCUAUCAGCAAUCCUCGCUGUCAAUGUCCUCCUCAAUGUAUGGGGAUGACGAUAUAAAUGAUGUGGCGGCGAUGGGGGGUGUCAAUUUAGCGGAGGAGACGCAACGUAUUCUGGGAUCGACAGAGCUCAUUGGGACGCAAAUCCGAUCGUGCAAGGAUGAGGUUUUUCUGCACAUGCCGGUGCUGCAGAAUGUUAUUAGGACGAUUGUGGCGAAGCAUGGCCUCGAGGAGCCCAGCAAUGAGGUGGCGGUGCUCAUCUCGCACGCCACGCAGGAGCACCUCAAGAAUAUUGUGGAGAAAUUGGCUGUGAUUGCCGAGCACAGAAUUGACGUUAUCAAGCUCGAUCCUCGGUACGAAGUGACAAAAGACGUGAGGGGUCAGAUAAAAUUCCUUGAAGAAUUGGAUAAAGCAGAACAGAAGCGCCAUGAAGAGCAGGAACGUGAAAUGCUGUUGAGAGCUGCAAAAUCGAGAUCGAAAACAGAAGAUCCCGAACAGGCAAAACUCAAAGCAAAAGCGAAAGAAAUGCAGCGAGCAGAAAUGGAGGAGCUGCGUCAGAGAGAUGCAAAUCUGACGGCAUUGCAGGCAAUUGGACCAAGGAAAAAGCCUCGGCUUGAUGGGGAGAUUUCCUCAACAACAGUGGCUGGUGCUUCUGGUGCGGGAUCUACGGGAAUGGCAUCAACGCCACUACGUCCGCGGAUAAAGCGCGUAAAUAUGCGCGAUAUGCUGUUUUAUUUGGAGCAGGAGAAGGAUACGUGUAGGAGUCGAAUGCUUUACAAAGCUUACCUCAAGUGAUGGACAAUUUGGACCACAAAUCUCAGAUGUUUCGGUGCAAUGAUGAUGUGCGGAGGUGCAGCAAUGCGAUGAGAAUCGUCGUCACAACACGCGCACAAUGGGAAAAAAAAUUCAAAAAAAAAACUAAAAGCAGAAUAAUGAAGCAGAAGGAGGAAAAAAGGAACAAAUGAUUGAGGAAAUAUUGAAGAGAGGCGCGUGUAGGAGGAACAAAUCUUUUUUUUUUUAUUACAAAUUUUAAUUCUCCUUCACGCAAAAACCAUCUCAAAGGAUUCUCACAGAGUUGUGUGCAAAAAAAAAAAGAAAAGAGGAAAACUUCAAGGAUAUUUUUUUGUUAUUCACAUUGUGGUGUUGAGUGUGUUGUGCAAAAAACCAAGAAGAGGAGAGAGAGAGAAAUCACUGAGACGAGGAAAAACUGAGAAGAAAUCACGUUGAUUUUCCACACUUCUGUUGUCCAUCUUGUAUAGAAAUUAAAAUGUUCUUUAAACUUUAUUUUUUAUUAAGGAUAUUCUGAGACUAUUUCUUUGUUUGGAAAUUCUGUUUUUAUAUAAAAGAAAAAGAAAAUGUUUUCACCAUUUUUUGGCGAAUUUUCAACAAGCAAAGGGUGUUUCAAAUAAAACGCGUAUAAAAAUUGAUGAAGUUUUUUUCUUUCUGAAAAUUAUUGGAUCAAAUCUUUUGAUCAGAAAAUUUUGUUUUUGGUCAGAAGAAUAUUUAGUUUUGGUCAGAAAAAUCUGCUAUUUUGAUCAGGAAAAUGAGACAUUCGAUCAGGAUAGAAAACAAUUGAACAGUGAAAUUGGUUCAUGAUCAGAAGCUCAUUGAUGCACCUGUGGGUACGGGAAGACCCAAAAAUCCAUUCUGAUUUGCUCUAAAAUCAACAGGAGAGUCAGAAACGGAAUAUUCUUCUGAUCAAAAAAAAAAAAAAAAAAUGGGACCCAAAAUUGUUCAGUUGGCAGCCUUGAAAUUUUGACUGAAUGGAUUGAGGUUAGAAUAUGAUUGGUAGGCAUUAUGACUUAUUUUCCAGGUCGAAACGUUUUUUUUUCAAUGAUUUUUUGGGAUUUUCAUAACUAAAUCAUUGCCUUUCAGUUUCCGGAAAAUGUUUUUUUCAUGUUUUAAUUGCUCAGUAUUCUACAUUUUGCAAAUUCUGAUAGAUGAAAUAAUGAGCGAGAAGAAUACAUUCGAUAUGACGCUAACUAAAGCCUGACUAAUUGUAUUUAAAAAAUAUCUAUUUAAAACCUUGGAAAGAUAGGGAUAGAUCUUUGGUCUUGCUUUUUCUGGAAAACAUUUACAUUAAUAUUUAAAUUUUGUUUUUCAAAUGAAACCGAGACCAUAAAUCUAGAUUAAUUAUCUUUCCUAGAGUUUCUGCUUUUCUAUAAACGGUAAUUUUAUCUCAAACCCAAUUUAUUUUCCAUUAAAAGGAAUUAAGUUUCCGUUUAUCAAAGAAAAUAAUUGAUUAUUGACUAUUAGCUAAUAGCAGCCAUCUUGAUAAUUCUGACAUUAGCUCUGCAUUGAUAGUUUUGACACAUCUCUUGUUGACAGCCUGUCAAAAAUUCAGGGAUACCAACUAAACAAAAAAAAAACUUCAUUGAAAAUAAAAUUUAUGCGUUUAAUAUGAAACAUCCUGUGAAAUUCCUUUUUUAAUAACUUUCUUCUUAAUUUUCACUUUGGGAUUUUUUAUUUAAUCAAUGAUUUUUGCAAAGUAUUCGACAUAAAAAUAUUUUCACAAAGUAAAAUAGGAAAAAAAGGUUUCAGGCUCUAAAUGUUAAAUUGAAAAGAAAAAAAAUGUUGUUUUUGGUGGAAAAAAAAAUGAAAUUCUGUGUUUUCAAGCCAAUAAUUAUAAGGAAAAGAAAAACUCGAUAAAUCUUAUCCACAAAUUCACGUAAAAAUCCCAGCUUUUCAUAUUAGAAAAAACUUUAAUAUUUAAUUUUUAUUUUAAAAGAAAAUUCGACGUUGUAAAGAUAAAAAAAUGGAGAAAUUACAGAUAAAAAAUUCUAAAAUUUGUCGUGCUGUGAUUCAUAAAACAAGAGGAAGAAUGGAAAAAAUAUGUUUUAACAAAAAUAUUAAAAUGAUGAAAGAACAUUAAUUAAACCCAUUUUAAGUGCGUAUUUGAGUGACUUUGCGAACGGGGAGAGGCGUUUAAUAUAAUUUUUAAGGCACACAUUGUGGGAAAAAAUACAUAAAAUUAAAAAAAAAAAAACAAAAUAAAAAUGCAAAUUGUGAAUUUUAAGAAAUAAAAAUCGAAUUAUUUAGGAUGAUUUUAGGUGAUUCUUAACAAAAUUAUAAGCAAACAAAUGUUAAUUCAGACCACAAGUUUUAUUGGAGAAACUGCAGAAGAGGAGGAAAGUAUCGAGAAAUUAUGAUUUUUCUUUUAUUAAGGACAUUGAUAUUUUUAAAUAGAAAAUUUAGGCAGAUUUUCUUUUUGAAAUUUAACUUAAGAAAGAAAGUAAUAAUAAAAACUAUGAACAAAAUCAAAUACAAAUCUUUUUAAUGUUUCUACUUCAAAGUUCUUCAAACUGCAAUGGAAAGAGAAAGAAAUCAUUUGAAAAAUAAAUAAAGGAGAUCAAGGAAUUCUUUAGCAAUGAAAAAGAGAGUUAAAAAAAAGGAAAAAAAAACUUUCCUGACCGUUAUUCGAUCCCGGGUUAUUUGGAUCAGAAUUCGAGUACUCUAUCCAUUGUACCAGUAAAAAAUUCCAAGCUCUCGUAAAGAAGAAAGACAUUAAAUUUCCCUUUUAGGUUUUAACUGUCUUUAACAAUUUUUAUCUUUUUUUUAAACCCGUUUUCAGUCACUUUCGGAUUCUAGACAAAACUAGAAAAAUUUUUUUCCUUAACAAAAAUUAAAUCAUUUCUUGGUACAAUCUUCUAAUUAAUUCUUCUGCAGGGAAAAAAAAUAUCACAAGAAAAAAUUCAAAACGAACGAGAAGGAAAAAAUUGAGCUAAAAAGUCCCCAAUUAUUGUAAAAAAAAAUUCUAGCUUAAAAUUAAUGCAAGAAAAAUACAAAAAAAAAACGUUCUUAUGGAAGCGAAGAGAAGAAAUGAAAAACUUACUGUAUAAAGAACAUUUAAAAAAAAUAGUUGAUAAAUGAGAGAAAAAUGUAAAUAUUAGCUGCGAUAGAGUGAAAUGAGAGAAAAGAGAGAGAGAGAGAGAGAGAGUAAAUUAUGAAAGAGAGUUGGUUUGCAAAACCGACUGUUUUUUUUUUUUUAGUUUUUUAAUUAGAUGAAUGAUUCUGAUUUAGCAAUUUAUUAAUUUUUAUGUUUUGAAGGAUAAUUUGUAGGUUUUUUUUUCAAUUUUACAGCAGAGCCCACAUUUUUUUGUUCUUUAUAUUUUUGCAAUUUCAAUAGAACAGAAAAGUGAAAUAAUUUAUAAGAAAAAAGAAAGAAAGAAAGGAAACUUACCAAAAUAGAAAACAAAAAAAAAUGUGGAGAAAAAUAGUUAAUGAAUUUCUUAUAAAAAAAAAUAUGAAUUAAAAUUACAUACACAAUCUCUAAAGUUAAGGCAAUAAAUUUUAUCAUUCACACAGACACACACACCCAUGGAAGUCUCAUAAAAAGUUUAAAAAUAGAAGAGAAAAAAAUGUAUUUAUUAUAUAAAAAAAAUGAAAAGAAAAUAAAGAAAAAAUCCCGGAAAAUUCCACGAAAAAAAAAUACAGAAAUGUGUUCAAUACAACUACAAAUUGGAAAAGUUAAUGCUUUUAUACGAAAACAUAGAAAAUAAAAAAAAAAAAUAAUAAAGGGGAAAAAUAAAUUAUUAAAGAAAAAAAAUCAUUAAAUAAACUCUCUAAACAAUGGCAGAAAAAUCAUCUUUCUUUUUUUGAUAUUUCCAAAUAUUUCUCCUUAUAAAUAUUAAAACAAAAAAACAUUAAAUGAAAUCCAAAUAAAUAAAAAAAAACAUUCACUGUAAAAAGGAAAAACAAUUUUUUUAAGAAAAAAAAACUAACUAUUGAAGUAAAUGUGUAUAAAAAAAAAAGAAAUUUAUUAGCAAAUUUAAGGGGUGGACAAGAGAAAUAUUAAAUUAUAACAUAAAUUAUUAAAAGAAAUAUGAGAAAAUGUGAGGAAAAAAAGUAAAACAAAAGUUACGUAAUUUAUAAUUUAAAGAAAAAACUAAACACCAACUCAUAUCUAAUUAAAAAAGAAAAGAAUGAUAAAGAGAAAAUAAUAGUAAUAAAAAAAAUCGGAGGAAUUAUAAAAAUAAAAAAAUGCAUUAAAUAAAGAUGAGAAAAAUAGAGAAAUUUCAUAUUAAAAAACAAAUUCGUACAAUUUGCGUUAGAAAGUGAGAGAUGAUUUAUAAUUUCUUUUAUGUCUUUUAGUUGAUAGUUUAAUUAAAUGUAACCGAAGAUAAAAUGGUAAGAAUUUCAAAAAUCAGUUAAUAAAUUUUUUCAUGUAAACUUUUUCA